CAGCGCUACCCUGACAGGCGCUCCGACUAUACACGGCUGAAAAGGCCGGCCGGGAGGCAAUGACAGCUCCACGCCAACAGGCACUCGACACAACAUUUGUAAACAACAAGAGUCUCAACAGAAACUAACACUGGAAAUCCCAAAAUUCAAAAACAAACCCAGAACUACUUCGAAAGCUGUCUUCUCCAAGAUAGACGGAAGCUGGAUAUUGAGGACACAAUGCCCAAUCUUACCUCUACAUCUGACUUCCUGCUCUUGGAAUUCUCUGACAUUCGAGAUCUACAGAUGUUACACUUCUUUGUGUUCUUUGCAGUAUACCUGACUGCUGUGACUGGCAAUCUUCUUAUCAUCCUUGCUGUAGCUGUGGAUCACCAUCUGCGCACCCCCAUGUUCUUCUUUCUCAUGAACCUGGCUGUUCUGGACCUUGGAUCAGUUUCUGUCUUGGUACCCAAAGCCAUGGCCAACUCUCUCAUGAACAGCAGGUCAAUUUCUUAUUCAGGAUGCGUAGCUCAAGUUUUCUUCUUCUUCUUCUUUGGAGGGUCAGAUUUUGCAAUCUUGGCAAUAAUGGCACAUGAUCGUCAUAUUGCUAUCUGCAAUCCAUUGCAAUAUGAGACCAUUAUGCACAGAGGAGCCUGCAUUCAGAUGGCGGUCAGUGCAUGGAUUACUGGUAUAUUCUAUGGUGUGUUAAAUACUGGGGGAACUUUUGCUAUCACCUUCUGCUCCAACAUGAUUGAUCAGUUCUUCUGUGAAGUACCACAAAUGCUAAAACUUGCCUGUUCAGACAUGUAUCUAGUGGAAGUUGGUUUAAUUAUCUUUAGCAUUUGUCUUGGAAUAGGAUGCUUCAUUUUCAUCAUUGUCACUUACAUGCAGAUUUUUUCAGCAGUGCGCAGAAUCCCUUCCAUCCAUGGUCAGAAAAAGGCCAUCUCCACUUGCCUUCCCCACCUCACUGUGGUCUGUUUGCUUGUAUUUAGUGGAAUCUUUGGCUAUGUGAGGCCUCGUAGUUACUCUUCAUCUGUCAUGAAAGCUCUUUUUGCAAUAAUUUAUGCAGUAGUUCCUCCUUUGCUCAAUCCAUUCAUUUAUAGCAUGAGAAACAAAGAAAUCAAGACUGCCUUGUUGAAGCUCUGUGAUUGUGGGCAUUUUUCUAAAACAAUUACAUGUCACAACACUAAUGCAAAGUAAAGUUUUUCUACAGAAA